ACACUAGCGACGCACAUCCAUUUAAGCCGGAAUAGGAAUUACAAGACACAACUCUGUUUUGAAAUAAAAAUCUACUUCUCUAAGGACAAAUUGAGAUUUCUGUGAAUCCUUAAGAUAGUGGUGAAAAUCCGAAAAGAAGCAGGAUGGCCGUGGUGGUAGAAACUACCAUAGGAGACUUCACGGUGGACCUCUUCACCGAGGUGGACCUCUUCACCGAGGAACGUCCUCAAACCACACGGAACUUCCUGAAGUUAUGUAAGCUUAAGUACUACAACUGGAACCUCUUCCACUCGGUGCAGACCAACUUCAUUGCGCAGACCGGCGAUCCCACUGGCACUGGAAAGGGUGGAGAGAGUGUAUAUGGGAUUGUGCUGGGAGAGAAGGCGCGUUACUAUGAGGCUGAGCAGAUGCCAAAGAUCAAGCAUAGCCGCGUAGGUUUGCUGUCCAUGGUAAAUUGUGGCAACAACAUGCUGGGUUCUCAGUUCUUCAUUACUCUGGGAUCGGAGCUACAAUCCUUGGACAAUGAGCAUUGUGUGUUUGGGGAGAUAACUGAAGGUCUGGAGGUGAUCCUCAAAUUUAAUGAGACCAUCUGUGAUGUGGAUCAGAGACCGUAUCAGGACAUAAGGAUAUCCCACACUGUCAUCCUGGAGGAUCCGUUUGAUGAUCCUGUGGGCUUUGUGAUUCCCGACAGAAGCCCGGAACCUACGAAGGAAGCUUUGAUGAGCGAUAGAAUUGGAGCGGACGAAGCAAUCGAUGAUACCGGCGGCAUGACCGCGGAAGAGAUUAUAGAAUUGCAGAAGAACAAGGAAGCGAAAGCAAGGGCCACGAUAUUGGAGAUCGUGGGUGAUAUACCGGAUGCGGAUAUUGCACCGCCAGAAAACGUCCUAUUCGUCUGCAAACUAAAUCCAGUCACGAACGAUGACGACCUCAACGAUGACGACCUCGAGAUUAUCUUCAGUCGUUUUGGGAAAAUUGUUGGCUGCGAAGUUAUAAGAGAUCAUCAAACGGGUGAUUCCUUGCAGUAUGCAUUUAUUGAAUUCGCCGAUCGCAAGAGCUGCGAGGACGCGUACUUUAAGAUGGACAACGUUCUAAUCGAUGAUCGAAGGAUACACGUGGACUUCUCGCAAUCGGUUGCGAAGAUGCGUUGGCGCGGGAAGGGAAAGGGUAUCAAGUACUUGGACGAGGACGACAGGGCGAAGAAACGCGAGGAGAAUUAUUCUUCCUCGAGGAAACGUGAGGCAUCGCGCGACAGGGAUCGCGACAAUGGUAAAGGCAGAGACGAGGGAAGAAGAAAAGAAAGCGAUAAAGAUCGCAGUUCAGAACACAGAAAACACGAGCGCCGAAGAGAAGAUAGAGACACCAGGGAUAGAAGAAAGGAAGAUAGGACGCACGAUGACCAUUACGAGAGAAAUAAGUACGACAGCGAGCGAAAGGACAAAAGAAGAAAGGAGGAACGACGGGACAGGGAUAGGGACAGGCAUAGCGAUCAGAGGAGGGGUCACAGCGAAGACAGGUCGGAAAUAAGAAGCAGGAGGGACGAGCACGGUGAUCGGGAACGCCGGCAUCGCGACGAUAGGCGGCAUCGCGACGAUAGGAAACGACCCACGGAGGACGAGGACGAUACGAGACACAGGGACAGGUCGCACAAGCAUAAAAGAAAACGGUGAAAGAGAGGAGGUGAUGGAACUCGAUAGGAUAUAUUUAAAUAGGUAAAGAAGGUUCGUCGCGUUGGUUUCCUUUCAAUUGUAACAAAUGAAUAAACGGUUUACAAGAGAAGGGCUGUAAUUCAAACGUUUCUUUUUUUUUACAUCGAGUAAAACUGCCGGUAUUCUUUCGAGUACAAAACAUUGAGAAGGCAAAAAAAAAAGGUAUUCGUUAUCAAUCGGCCCGCAAGAGACGGAGCGUCAAUCGACGCGCACACUUUCUUUCGCAGAUCGAUGGAGGCGAUUUUCGCAAGGCCACGGGAAGCUCUACAGAUUCUACAACUGAUAGGAGAGCGCGUACGGUAAAGCUAUCGAAACCACUCGGGACUCCUCAUUCAACAGUCUCGACGAAGAGAAGAACGACGUUCGAUCGAUCGGCGAGUGGUCGGAACGCGAAUUGUCGUGGUGCGAGAAACGGCCGUAUCAAAAAUAGAGAGCGAAAACGAUCUGGACGGUGUGCGCUCGGUCCGCACAGCCGCGCCGUCCGAUUCGAGAAGAGAAGGCAUAAAUCGUUUCUCACGAAAAUGUGCCCCGCGCACACUUUCGAGUCCGAGUCCCGCUUUAGCUCGCGCACGCACGAGGGAAGCGGAAGCGCGCGCGAGAAUUAUUAUAGGAACGAAGAAUAAUAAAUCAUCUACGUGGACUACGCAGGUAAUAAUGAGCUACGCAGCCCGCAGGGCUCUCGCGGAACGCUCUUUUGUUUCUUUGGUGACGUUGCAAUUUGGUAUUCUUGCAGCACGUGUAGGAAAAGGCACACCGGAUUCUCGCGACACCUUCGUCUCGCUUUUACAGAAAUGAAAUACUGAGAGUAAUAAAUAGGCGAGUAAUUUAAGUAAUUUAAAAGUACUGUUAUUAGUACUUUUAAUAUUCGAAAUAUAUUACUUAAAUUACUAACCAAUUUAAUAUUGUUAGUAUUACAUUUCUGUAAGGGCGGGAAAUGGAAAACGGUGAAGUCAGUGAAGAAACGAAGCCGAUCGGAAGCGAUUUAUAAUUUUUGCGCGAAUUUGAUAGAGAGAGAGAGAAAGAAAGAAAAAUCGGAAGCGUGCGCCAGUAUUCGUUGAAUGCAAGAUUAUCUAUCAGCAUCAUCACUCUCGCGAUAUUAUAUGCAUGAAUUGAAUUAUCUUACGUAUCACGCAUUUAUUUUAGGGCUUUCUUUGACAAUUCCAAGCCUUUGCGAGAGAUACGUAUCGCAAUAAUUUCUAGCGCCCAUUUCUUUUUUCUUUUUAUAGAGAGCCCUAUCCUAAUCAUGCGUAUCGUAGCUUCGCUGCAUCACAAUCGGUCCGCAUCCGCAUUAUGUUACAAAAAGUUCGAAAGAAAAUUCAACUUAACUGCGCCGUAUUACAUAUAAAACGCUCGAUUUAUAAUAUAUAAUAUAUACCGGGAAAGGGAAAACAGAACUAUACAUUAAGCGCGUACGCGUGCAUAUAUUAGAUAACUAAUUCCAAUAUGUAACACAAAUAAAUACGGUGAAUUAUAUUAGGAGACAUUUAUGAUACAGGAUGAUGCUGAAUUAAAUAUUUUGUACUUCAAAGAGUGAAUUUGGAAAUUAGAACAAUAAACAAGUGUCAUACGAACGUCA